AUGACUGGCACAGCUGAGGAGAGCUCGAUGGCCGAGUUUAUCGAUAUCCCAGACAGCUCUUACACCUCACCUGCUAUUGAUCCUAGGGGAUUCCAAGAUGUGCCGGAGGACGAUACUGACUUUCCUUCUCCUUGGUUUCCUGGGCACCAAGUCGAUAUUCCAGGAUCUCCGUCAGGAAACCCUGAGCUUGUUGCUAGUUACCCACAAGCCAACGUUCCGGCUUCUUCUGGAUGGUCCGGUCCGGGGUUAGGAUUAGGACCCGGCAAUCUUAAUCAGACGUACGAUCAACACGCUGUCCCUCAUUCCGCACAUGCUGUCCCUCAUUCCGCACAUGUCCACCCCUUUUCUUUUCACAGUUUCGUCCACGGUAACCCGGGCAUGUCCCCUGUCCUGACAUUGGGAAACCAAGGCGCUAUGCCCGUUGUGUGGCAAAAUAGCACAGUGCCUGGCGGCGGGAACGUGAACUAUAACCCAGAGCCGGUCAGUGACUUUGACCGAAGGCACUCAGCGUCUUCUCUUGAAAGCGUACAGCAUAGUUUGAUGUCCGUGCCUGGUGCCAGACAGAGCGUGUCGGAAUACUACGCGUCGGGUCAACCCCCUCAGCUCAGCGGCGAUAAAAUGCCCAUUCCUCGUUUGAAUAAGAGUGCUAGAUCCUCGCCAGAGAGGUCCCGUCGCCGUUACGUUGAACAGGCUUGUGAGAGAUGCAGGAAAAAGAAGCGUAAAUGUACGGGACAGGAAACUGGCUGCGAUAGCUGUACGGAACAGAAGCACCUUGACACGUCUCUUGAUGAGUUGACUAACCAGGCAGACACAGAUGAAGUAGGCUAUGAUUUCGGCUAUUGGAUGAGGGCGACCUGGCAGCUGGAGCGUCUUUCUUUGAUUGGGCUGCUACUUAUGGGCUUGUUGAUUCUGAGAGAAGGCGUUGGAUGGAGAGAGGGCGCUGUUCGUUGA